AUGGCUAACCAACGCGUCGCUAACAAACGCAUCGAGCUCGAGGCUCUCCUGGUCGAGGUCGAGAACCCAAACUUCGUCCCCUGCCCAAAAAUCUCUCUCUCAGUAGAUGCAAAGAAACUUGGGCAAUGCGGGAUUUGCCAGGAGAGCCAGCUUCUCCUGCGGAGCGAGAAAAGAGGCCUCGACGACUCCACCUUGGCCAUCUUGCCGUGUGGGCACGUCGCGGGCUAUAAAUGUCUGCGAAACUGGUUUUCGCUCAACGAGUCACCGGCCUGCCCAUUCUGCCGUACGCCUCUCCGGUACCAGCUCUGCAACCACACGUCCCGCCUCAUCCGUCCACUGACCAGGGAAAACCUCCUCAGCACGCCGGAUACGCUCCCCGUCGGGGGCGUCGUGCCGCCGCAGUGCGUCGAAUGCAGCGUUGCCACCAACGCAAGCGUGAACAAGUACCUGCUGGAUGCGAUGCUUGAUAAAUUCAAGGCCCUCCGGACUGAGUACCACGAGGAGACGGACGCGCGCAAGAAGCUCGAAGUCAAACUUCAGGUACUGACUUGUAAGAAGCGGAUUGACAAAGCCAUUGAAGAACUGGCUGCAUAUCCAACUCUUGCGCGCACACGAUGGCCCGUUGCCACUAGGGUUUUCGAAAACUUGAAGAAAUACGUCCCCGUAGUCAAGCUGUUGGGGGAGAAGCACCAGGAGUUCUCAAGAACCAUUGAUUUGGUCAAAUUAGCGGUAAAUGGGCUCGCAAACUAUUACGGGCUGUUCAUAUUUGACCAGCAUCAAAAGCUCAUCAACGCUGUGCGCCUUGAAGACGACUACUCCCGAAAUGUCACUUUGAUUGGACGGGACUUGAAGACGUGGGCCAGAAAUCCUGACCUUACCCUUAGAGGGAAAAUUGGCCUGACUCGACUAUAUUCGGUGCUUGAACGAUGUCUUCGAGACGCUCUCGAGCUCUACGCAGAGUCUGAGAGGGAGUUGAUACGGGAGGAUAUCAAGGUCCACAUGAGCCAAAACGACGCAUAUGAGGGUCAGACCGCGCGAUCAUAUAUAGCCAACCUAGUUUUGCAGCCCCACCCCGCGGGCUUCGACAACUUUAGAUUCACCAGGCACGACUGGCGAGAGCCUGACGAAGACAGCAUCAGAGUCUUGACCGGAGAAGAGCAGACGCAGCUGAAAAAUUUCAUCAGCAGGCCGGACGUACAGAGACUACUUCCCAGCAAUCUGAGGAAUCCCAACAUCGACCUGCCUCCUGUCGAGGACGACAACAGCGGUGACAGAGAUAACCCAGGGCCUAGCAAGAAGAUUGGCCCCCUGACACGACCUAAAUCUAAAUACCUGAAGAGGAAGAAGGGAAUUCUCAAAGACCCAAACGAACCACGGGAUAGGCCCAAGAAAAAUCCCAACGCCGCCCCGGACUUCUCCCCCGAUUCCAGUGGAACGCCGUCCAACUCAUCAGAUGAUGAACACACUUCCGCAUCGUCAACGUCCUCUCGGUCAGACAAAAGCGAGGGAAGGCCCCUGGCCCGGACACCAGUAAAAGUCGAUCGUGAGGUCGCCGUGAGCGUGCGCGCCUACCUCGGCCGAAGGCACGACGAGUACGGCCUCGCGCUGGCGGCCGACCCAGACACUGACUUCGUCGAAGACGAGGACGUCACGGAAGCUGGGGACGAGGACGACAACACCGAAGCUGGGGAUGACGCCGAGGACGUACCCCACGAUGACGAGGCUUGCGCUGCCCACCUCCAGCUGAGCCACACGGCCCGCCAAAAUACGGCCCACGAUGUCAGUGGCACCGCCCUGCUCCACUGGGCCGGGGUGGCGAAGGCCAAGCGGGAGGAGAGGAUCGAGGGCCACACCCGGCUCCGGGCCAUCCUCAAGUGGGCCGAGCGGGAGGGAAAGGUGCCCCUGUCCCCAAGCAGCAUACGCGCCACCACCGGCCUCCGGAGGGGCAUCUUCACGCCCCUGGGCCUGCCUGAUCUGCCGCCGCCCAGGAGGCGCUCGCGGCGGCCUUUUGACCCGGAAGCCUACCGCGAUGCGGCGCUCGAGAACCUCGAGCACCUCCGGCCGCGGCGGGAACUCACGCUGCUUGCGUUCCUGUACAACGAGGACGCGCUGCGGCUCUUUGGGGGGCUUGUUGGCGAGCAGCCCCUGCCCAGUGACCUGGGGCGGAUGGACAAGGUGCUUCGCGAGCUUGAGGUAUACACCGAGGUGUGCGCCCACCGCCGGCGCCUGAUGGUGGACCACCUCAAGCGCACGCGCCAGUUCCCCAUCGCCAUGGCCGCGCAGUUCGGGGACCUGCGGGCGGCGCUCCAGGACGCCGAGGAGGCCAAGCUGUCCGCGGCGCGGCGGUGCUUCGAGUACGUCGCCGAGCGGUCCAGGUACGUCAUGGCGUACCCGGGGGGCAAGAGGAGGCGGCGGGAGUUCGCGGGCCAGUUCCGGGCGCGCGACCGCGAGAGGCUCGAGUACCUGAGCGGGGAGGACGACGAGGCCGGGGCCCUGCGGGAGGAGCUGGAGGCGGCCGAGGAGUGGCUCGGGUGGUGUGAGGACGUGAUGGGUGAGUGGGCGCUGGGCUGGAGGCCCGGCCGGGUCGAGAAGGAUAUGCUGUACGUGGAUGAGGAGGCGCAGGCGGAUGUGCGGCGGUAUAAGUGGGAGAUCAAUCAGAAGAGGUCUGAUAUAGGCCUCGUGCCUGUGAAGCGACCGCAGGACGAGGUAUACGAGAGACAGCAGGAGCACAUAAGGCUGCUUGACGGACUUUGGAAGUUGAUGACUUAG